AUGCCUACCCACACUCCCAAGAACCCUUCCACCAGCUCGAAGUGCACCACCUUCAGCGACAUCAUCAACGCCCUUGAUGAGUCUUACGACCGCAUCAGCAGAAUGAGCGCCAACGACCUCGAGCAGGAGCGCGUUGACAGCCUCAACUCCCUCGCUACUCAGAAGUCCAAGGAGAUGCCCCGUCUCACUGCCUUCGACGUGAAGAAGUACUUGCCCGAAUACAAGUCUGGCAACAUCACUCUCCUUCAGAUCCAAGUCGCCGCCAACGCCCGCAAGCUGCCUGAGGACCACAUUGCCGACUACUACCGCGUCAACGGCACUCCUAACGACCCUUGGUACGGCACCGGCAAGUGCACCUACCCUCCUUACGCUGGCCCUCAGAAGCGCAAGCGUGACGUUAUCAUCGACAACCUCGACGAUGCCGUCAAGAAGGUCAAGAACGUCUUUGGCAAGUGA